GUUUUAGACAAAAUAGCAUCUCUUUGUGGUUCACUUGAAGAUCUUUGACUAGAUUACAUGUCCGCGGGAAGUGUAAGUUGUACCGGUUAUUGGAUGAGAAAUUGGUUGCCCAAUAGAAGAUAAACAGGCGAAGGAGAUGGAAAGCCUCGAGGAUGAUGUUAUACAAUUGAACAAAGGUGGUGUUGUGGAGUUGGCUCUUGCACACGGGUUUUUUGGGCCAGCUGCAGGAGGUGUGCAAACUGAGGCAGAAAAGAUGGAGAAAACAGAGUAUUGGAUGGCAGUAGAUUCUUUUCUCAACUCUGUGAAAUCUCACAGAAGUGAACCAGUCGACAUUGGAGACGAGUCAAUUUUGCGAAGGCUUCGUAAAACUGCCAACUACGUAAAGGAAUACAAGGAGACUAUAGCUGACGCCACUAACAGUGCCGAAGGAGACGUGGACGAAAUAGAAGAGGAGGAGGAGGUGGAGGUGAUGCUGGGAGAGGUCGGCGGUGCCUUGGCUGCACUACCCGUGCCGACUGUGGAUGGCGAAACUGAGAAACUACUGCGGAGCUCGAGAGCCUUGCACCGACAGGUGGCGGGGCUGCGGUCCUUCCUGGAAAGCGUCCUGUCCGACGAGGCGGGAGGAGGACGUGUGGAUCUGCCCGACUGUCCCGAAAUGGAGGAGCCUUCGGUUAGGCAGAUGUUGGCUCCAAUUAGACAUAUUGCAGAGAAAAGAGAAGAACUGAAAGUUCAUGAGAAAUACCCCGAUGCCUUCUUACCAGAUCACGUCCUGGCAUCACUGGAUAAGUGUGUGCGAAUGCUGUCCAAUAAGACAAAUGAUCAGCAAUGCUAGAUCUUUUGUGGAGCUGCAUAGAUCUUUUGCAACGUGAGUGGUUAGAUAUGUAGGUGUGCUACAUACGGAAAGUUGUUACACGAGAUUGAUAUCUUGCAUAACUACUCUCCAAAUUUAGCAGCUGUAUCCAGCCGAUCGUGCAGUGAAAGAUCUACGCAGCUCGACAAAACAUUCGUCGUGCAUUUCUCCACGUUUUUUAAAAUAAGAGCAAAAAACCUCCAUUAUGGUUAUUUAUCAUAUGUAUGUUGCUUUAUGAUCUCCAAAGAGAAUGUUAACUUUUAAAAGUGAAUUAUGGAGUUUCUCCGUAGCUGCCAGUUAACAGCAUAAAAUCUAAACCAAAAAAAAGCCUUACCCGAGAAACUGAGAUAAAAUGUGGCCGUGCUCUGUUUUUUGUUUAGCCAUAUGUUUUGUGCGUGUGCAUGUCUUUGCUACUUUAUUGAUUUGGUAUUUAUUUGAUUAGUAAAGAUGACUUUUGCAUAAGGA